UCUAAGCUCAGCAUAGCUGUCGCGAGUUUGGCGUUUAAGUUGGCGUUCGCGUUCAUGAACACAGUGUCUGUCUGUUGGCACGCGCACCCUGCAAGUGUAUCAAGUGCGUGUCCCGAAAGGGAAAUCUUAGACGAUAAGACUCGUCAUCCGUCGGUCACCCGUCGGUGCGCUCGUUGGUGUCCACGUGCUGAGAAGAUCCGUGGUGCUAUUCUGGAAGCUACAGACCCGUGUCCGUAGGCUAUUAGAAGUGUUGUUUCGGUGACCGGAAUUUCAGUGAAUCGUGCAAAAGAAUAGAAGGCAACGUCAGUGUGGUCUCCGUACCGGAAGUGCAACCCUCGGUGGACCAAUCCCCGCAACUGUUUCCAAAUUAUAGAUUGAACACUACUGUACUGAGACAGAUAUAGCUUUGGACCGCGUCGAUUCGUUCCGAAUCCGGCGGAGAUGGCCUUGUUUAGGGCCUACUACUAUUUUGUGCUACUGUUGCUCUACUUCGGGGCCUUGGUCCAGAGUGGGGCACCGGUGCGGCCCGGUACGGGCAAUCCCUCGCCGCGCCUUCCGCGAACCAGUGCCAGCCAGCUGUCAGCGCAGAACAACAACAGCACCGGAAUGCGUAAUUUGACCGCCAAGAACCUUACCGCCCAGCAGGGAGGACGUGGGAACUAUAGAUCAAGGGAGCAACAGCUGCUGAAUGUGUUCGAAGUAGUGGUAUCGACGCUGGAGGGCAAACUCCAGCGGAUAGACAACCUGGACAAGGCGGUGGAGCAUCUGAUGCGACGGGUGGAAUCCCUGGACAGUAAGGUUGCGGACAAUAUUCACAAAACCGAUUCAGUCAUCUCCAAGCUGCUGAUGCUGGACAAUAAGCUGACCGGCGAUGGCGACAGGACUAACAUUGUCAGGACGGCCAAGUCCACCAACAGCCUGGACAGCCGACUGGUUUCGUUGGACCAGAAGGUCAGCGAUAUCGAUAACAAGCUGAAUGGGCUGAAGAAUCAGAUUGACAGUAAUUUCUUACCGUUGGAUGACAUCAACGCCGAAGCCAGUGAGCGGAAAACUGUCAGCAUGAAUGUGGCAGAGAUCACGAAGGCAAUGCAUUCAGAAGUGAUGGGACACAUUACCAAGGAACUGGGCCAGCUUCGGUCCAUCCAGGAAGGUAUCGAUAAGAAGCUACAGUUCCACAUCAACAUUGUGUCGGAGAAUUUAGGCAAGACGAUCAAUUUGCUAAACGAAGUUCACGAUGCCGUGGUUGAUCAUAAUAUCAACUUCAACUACAGUUCAACGUCCACGAUACCACCGUACGUAAAGGCCAGCAAGAUCGACAUUCUGGUGAAACAGAUCCGACCGAUCAUGUCCGUGUCGGAAAAAAUGGACGAAGUAUGGGAUGUUGUUGUGGGUACGAAGAGUUCCGUUGAUGAUUUGGUGCCCAAAUCGGAUGCACUGCUUACACAGAACCAACGGCAGGAGCGUGCUAUCGGAGAAAUCCAUCACGAUCUGAAAACCAAAACAAAUUUGAUCAUCAACAACUUGGAUAUGGUGGAGAAGCGACUCAAGAAGCAGGAAGAUGAUGUGGCGGUUUUGGCUCAACGUCCCGUUCCUGCGGAGCUACUGUUGGACCCAACGAUUGAUCGACUCGUUGAAUACGACCCAAACAGGUACUCAAUCGUUGAAGACUUCACGGAAGCACUGCCAACGACGACCUACCCAACGGCCUCCUCUUCCUCGACGACGAGCACCAGUAGCACCAGCACUAGUACCACUGCUAGCAAUGCGAAUCUCACCAGCACCACUUCGGCUUCCGCACAGACGGUGCAAGCAGGAGGCAAGAACAUGUCCCGCAAAGGUGGUAUCAUCUUCCCCAGUGUGAAGAACAAGCCUUCCGUGCUGAACAACACCUUUGCCAGCGAUAGCCUGCUCUUCAAGGAUAUUAAAGGAUUCUCCUGCGCCGACCUGAUGAAUGCCGGCAUGCGCCAGUCCGGAGUGUACUAUCUGCAGAUCCGUGGCACGACCUAUUGGUUCCUGAAGGUCUUCUGCGAGCAGGAAAUUGCCGACGGUGGAUGGACUGUUAUUCAACGACGCGAUGACUUUGGAGAACCACGGGAAAACUUCAACCGCGACUGGGCCGACUACAAGAAUGGCUUCGGCGAUCCGGCAAAGGAAUUCUGGCUCGGAAACGAAAAUAUCUACAUGCUGACGAACAAUGAGGACUACUCGCUCCGGGUCGAGCUGGAAGAUUUCGAAGGAAACAAGAGGUACGCACAAUACUCCCAUUUCAAGAUCCAUUCCGAGCAAGACUACUACAAACUGGAAAUCGAUGGCUACGAAGGCAACGCCGGUGACUCGCUGAACGAUCCAUGGUACGGUUCGAACAACAGUCCUUUCUCGACGUACAACCGGGACAACGAUCGGAGCUCGCUGAACUGCGCCAGCAUGCUUAAGGGCGGCUGGUGGUGGAAGUCAUGCGGUCGAGGCCUGAACGGUCUCUACCUGCACGAUCCCCAGGAUCUGACCGCUCGGCAGGGUAUCGUUUGGUUCCGCUGGAGAGGCUGGGAUUAUACGCUCAAGAAGGCCACCAUGAUGAUCAAACCCCGAGGACCGCAGGCAGCAGCACAACAGCAGAUCGCGUCGGCGGCGACGACGUAAUAGUAGAGUGUGCAAUGGCUGUCUUCCAUCGGUUCUUUCGCGCAAACUCAAGUUUUUGUACAAAUCCUUUUUUUGUUUUCAUUGUUUUUUUUUAUUAUUGUUUCACACAACCAUUCCAAAAUUCCGAUAACGAAAGAAAGGUAACACGCAUACGCAUACACACAUACAUACAUACAAACACAGGGAACAUCCCCAUA